AUGGAUUCAUCAAUAGCAAAUCAAAGUGUUGUUCACAAGAGAGCCACUUUGAUUCAACAAGCAAUAAAACUUGUAAUCUUGGUGAUUUCUCUUGGCUAUUCUUUGGUAUGGAUUAUGAUGCCCACUUCUCUCUUCUUUCAAAACUGGUUGCCUCAUAUUUAUGCCGACCUCAACUCAACUUACCUUGGACAUACAGGCUCUCUUAUUGUGAUUUACACGUUCCCAAUUUUACUGGUUGCUACCUUGGGAUGUGUAUAUGUUCACCUGGAGAAGUACAAGAACAACUACAACAGCAAUCACUUUGAUGAUCAAAGAGAGUACAAAAGUGGGCAUUUGGGGUCAUCAUGGAGUCUGCCAGCACUGGUGAAAGGCCCUCUGGGAAUUGUUUCAUGGACAGAGCUAUCUUUCCUUUUCAUGUUUGUAGCAUUGUUUAUAUGGUCCUUCUCCAGUUAUCUUCACAAUGCUUUCCAAUAUAUAACUCCUCAAUAUGCUGCUGAAAUGGGGGUCAAACUGUGGGAAGCUAAGUUAGAGGGUACAGGUCUGAGAUUUGGGCUAGUAGGCAAUAUUUUCUUGACAUUUCUGUUCUAUCCAGUGUGUAGAGGAUCAUCAAUUCUGAGACUAGUAGGCCUCACCUCAGAAGGAAGCAUUAAGUAUCAUAUCUGGCUUGGGCACACUGCUAUGCUCCUCUUCACAGCACAUGGGUUAUGCUAUGUUAUCCUCUGGGUGUCUACACACCAGAUUGCAGAGAUGGUGAAUUGGAGUAAAGUUGGGAUUUCAAAUCUGGCAGGGGAGAUAGCACUGGCUGCUGGGUUGGUUAUGUGGAGUACUACCUCCUCGAGGAUCAGGAGGAAGGCUUUCGAGCUCUUCUUCUACACACACUAUCUCUACAUUGUGUUUGUGGUGUUUUUUGUUUUCCAUGUGGGGUUUGGGUACUUCUGCAUAAUGCUCCCUGGGCUUUACCUCUUCCUGGUGGAUCGCUUUCUCCGUUUCUUGCAAUCCCAGCAGAGAGUUGGCCUGGUUUCAGCACGCGUAUUGCCUUGCCACACUGUUGAGUUGAACUUCUCUAAAACCCCAAGCCUAAGGUAUAGUCCAACGAGUUGUGUUUUUGUGAACAUGCCUGGCAUAUCGAAGCUUCAAUGGCAUCCAUUCACAGUUACUUCGAGCAGCGAAAUGGAUUGUGACACGCUGAGCGUUGUGAUCAAGAGCGCGGGGAGUUGGUCUGAGAGGCUGUACCAGAACCUCUCGUCGCCAUUGCCAAAACACCAUCGUCUUGAGGCGGGUCUGGAAGGGCCUUAUGGACCUCCUGCUGCUUCAAUCUCCCGGUUCUUGGGGCACGAGAGGCUGGUGAUGGUCUGUGGCGGGAGUGGCAUAACGCCAUUCAUAUCGAUCAUCAGAGAGCUGAUACACAUUGCAGCGACUUCCAGCACCCGGAGGCUACCAAAGCUGCUUCUUGUAGCUGCAUUCAAGAACUCUGUGGAUUUGACAAUGCUGGAUCUUGUCCUGCCGCUUUCAGGGACCCCACACGACGUUUCUCGGUUGGGUUUGAGGAUCGAAGCUUAUGUGACACGAGACAAAGAACCCGCCACAGAGAAGGAGCAGAAGUCUGUUCACACGAUCUGGUUCGAGCCUGAUCCUGCAGACAAACCGGUUUCUUCAGUUUUAGGCCCCAAUAGCUGGCUCUACCUUGGGGCUGUAAUCUCCUCCUCCUUCGUCAUCUUUCUCCUCAUCAUUGGAAUCCUCACCAGAUACUACAUUUAUCCCAUUGAUCCCACCAUUAAUGGAAAGUACAACAACUCAUCCGAAUCAGCUCUGUACAUGUUGUUCUUGUGCAUAGCAAUAGCAAUGGCUGCAACCGCAGGCUUUGUUUGGAACAAGAAACAGAUUCAGAACACGAAUACAUUGUCGCCCCACAAUGGUGAUCGAGAACUAGAAAGCCUCCCACACCAGUCUUUAGCUCAAGUCACUACCACACACUAUGGUGAAAGGCCAAAUCUCAAGAAUAUACUGAUGAUGGAGUGUAGAGGGGCUGAUGUUGGAGUUUUUGUUAGUGGGCCGACUGGGUUGAGACAGGAAGUCGCGAAAAUAUGUUCUUCGUCGGGUGUUUCAGACAACCUGCAUUUUGAAUCCUUCAGCUUCACCUGGUAGCUACCAGUUUGAUUUGUGUUAUUAGGAAGGAGUACUAGAACAAGCCAUUUUGAA